UUCCUUACAAGUUCUCAAUUCCUCUUCCUCUUUCAUUUUCUCACUUUCUUGCCCAUUUUUUUUGUCGUUGAUCGGACCAGGCAAUCAGAGCCGUUCAUCAUGUCAAAUGAUCGAAACAAACGCGAGACCAUAACUCGGAGGCUCAACAACUCAGCUCCAUCACCUCGCCAGACGGCCAAGUUUUUGACGGCAACCACACUGGGGGCAAUGUUUCUUUUCUUGUCAGGGUUAACCUUUACUGGCACAGUGAUCGCUCUUGUCAUGGCGACACCACUCAUGGUGUUGUUCAGUCCGGUUGUCGUCCCAGCUGGGCUAGCCAUCUUGCUUGUCACAACCAGGUUCUUGUUCUCAGGUGGGUGCGGCGUGGCGGUCAUCACCGCGUUGUCGUGGGUCCAUAAUUACGUUCAAGGUAAGCAUAAUACCCCGCCAGGAGCUGCGGACGAUUUGGAAUAUUCAAGGAUAUGAUAAUAUGAAGGAUCUCGAUCUACAAGUGUUGAAUUUACUGUCUGGUUUGGUGUGUUUUUGAUCCAAAUUUGCAUGCAUACACCGUAAAUAAUAUGUUUAUGGGGUUUAUAAUUUGUAACAUUACAUGCUUUUCUCGGGUUCUCUUUUGUUGCUGAUUAGAUUCAUUUUUGUUCUUAUUUUUUUAAAUUAUUACUUUUUGUCUUCCGCAACUGAGUGUAAUUCCACGUACACAGGCAGUGCCAGGAGCUUGGUCCAAAUGGUAGAAUUUCAGUUCUCGUCCCUUAUAAAAUAAUAUAAUUAUAAAAUUACAUUUAGUCUCAGAAUUCAUAAUUUAAGUCUUACCUCCUUAAAAAAUAUUGGUCAAAUUCUACUAUUAUUCCCCGUGUUAUGCUUACAUUAUGAGUUUUAUACUUUA